CCACCGCCCACCAUGUUGUUCUUUGGAGAACACUUACUUCUUACUUUUCCUCUAUGCUUUUCAGCUCACUUUUCUUCACACUUUAAAAGGGCAGUCUCAGUGCAAACAUUUAGUAUUAAGGCUCCUUUAAAAAAAGAACUUUGGGAGGUUCGUUGUAACAAUGUCAUUGUGCUCGUAGCGUCCCUUUUCAUCUCCCGUGGUGAAGGACACGACUAGAAAGUGUGCAGACGUUCACAAGUACCAAGGCGGCACUGCAGAAGACACUUCGAACUGUGGAAGGCUGCGUUGGCACAUGACUAUGAUACCAACUGCCUUGUCUGAAGUAAAAGCAAGCCCUCGGCGCAGUAGCAAAUAAUAACUACUAAUCAUUGUGAUCAAUCAAUCAACCAACUGCCUUGUCUCUACUGGCAAAAACCUAAUAAGAGGAGGCUAGCUAGCAGGGCUAGACAUCUCGUAAAAUGGGUGAAUGUGACUGACUUGGCCCGCACACACAGCCAGCUAUCCCGCACCAAAGCCUCACUCUAUUAUUUUUUAAUAUCUUAGCAUAGUUCAGAUUUCAGGAGAAACCGAUUGCAUCCAUUGAGAUUAACAAAACAGAAAAGAGGAGCACACUUUUCACUCAGCACAGACUUGUCCAAGGUAAACCAAAGUGUCACAAUGAUGAACAAGGGCAACAUCGAAGAGUCCUCCACUGGGAGUAGUGCAAGUGAUAAAGGAGAUUGCUUCAAGGAGACGAAGGGAUUACCAACUGAAUAUGAUGUGCACGCGCAAGAGGAUGAUGGCAAAGCAGAAGAAGACGCAACGGGCUGUGAUGAUGGGCAGGAACCUGGAUCGCUGAAGAAAGCCCCCGAUGAGGCCACGUCCUACAGGAAGAGAUGGACGGAGAUGUAUCAGAGGCUUGUGGCAUUUCGUCAGAAACAUGGUCACUGCAUGGUCCCCAACAGAUACGAUGAAGACACACAGCUGGGAUACUGGGUUUCAACGCAGAGGAGACAGUACAGAAUCCUGUCAACUGCGGGCGCAGAUUCCGUCCCCUUGUCGGCAGAGAGAGUCAAAGCUCUCGAGGACAUUGGUUUCGAAUGGAGCGCUGUCCCAGCGAGUCACAAGUCAUGGGACGGACGGUUUGCAGAAUUGGUUAGCUUCGUGCAACAGUUUGGUCAUGCCCAAGUGCCCAUGGGAUACGAGGACAAUCCAAGACUAGCGACGUGGGUCUCCACACAGCGGCAAGAAUACAAGCUGUUAAAGCAGGGCCGCUCGUCGAGACUAACCGAGGCAAAGAUCAAGAAGCUUGAAUCCGUUGGUUUUGUGUGGGAAGCUCAGCGAGGCCGAAGAAAAGUACGGUCGAGCACCGAAGAGGACUCCAAGAGCGGUGUAGCUUCGCCAACAGAAGGCGCCGCUUGUCGACAGCAGGGCCCAGAAAGCCCCACGCAGACAGAGACACUGCCAAAUGCUUCGACUGCUCCUUUCCAGGUGCAAGCCAAUUUUCAGCACGGAUUGGUUCAUUCUUCACGAAUGCCCUCUUUGUCCGGAGAAGCUUCUGUUCGAUCGCCUGCAUCAGCGGUUCCGGAGGCAGCGGUGAGCAUGGAUCGCAUCAGGUCUUUGAUCGCACGAAGAGCUUCCCCAACAUCGAUGUCGAUCGCCCAAGGUAUUCGUGACCCUCAAGGGCUUGCUUCCUCUCGAGCGUCUCUACUCAGGGCCGCGAGUGCUACAGCAAGAGAGCCCUCGCCUUCUUCGUUGCCAUCGACAGCUUUCAUCGAUCCGAAUCUUCUUCGACGAGUCAAUGAGAGGGGUAUACCACUCGAAAACUUGGCGUUCCCCUUGCGUUCGUCGUUGACCGCUUCUACCAACCUUGCAAGCAACCCCUUGGAAGACUUCUUGGUACAGCGGCGAUCCAAUAUGCAGCCACAAGUCUCCCUCUUCCAACCCCAAGCUCCUCAGGGCAUAGCGCACAACCAGGAACUUGUAAUUCGGCUUGCGGAAGCACGAAUCGCUCAGCAACAGAGACAGCAGCAACUAGAGGCACUGGUAAAUCGGCAAAAUCUCGCUUCUUCAUCUACCGGGUUUCCGUCACAGUUUCAGCGAUCGCUCGGGUUGGAUUCUCAAGCGCCUUCGUGGCAGCGACUUUCCACUUCAGCAGGGGCCCCUGUCCUGCCAACGAACGAUCCCUUUUCGAGCAUAUUGGCUCAGCAUCAUCAGCGGCAAGAACAGUUCCAAUACCAAGACCCUUUGUCGCUACAAGCUCUAGCCCAACCGGGGCUCUCUUUGGAUGAUCUGCGCCUUGCUCAGCUAAGGUCCGCCCGUGAGCUGGAUUACAUCGGAAACCUCCGGCAGCACUUGGGCGAUACCAACGCAGGACAAGCGGUUGCAAGAGCCGGGUCCACAGAGGAUGCUGAUGAUGGUGACUACACGGACGAGAGGAGGGAGAGUAGAAAGAGGUCUCCAGAAGACUUCAACGAUUCGUUGGCAAGGAAAAGGAGAAGGUAGGGCACAGCCUACCAGUGUACUCUCUAGUUGAGAGACAUAAACAAACUGUAAUGUUGCAUACUAAUUAAUUGUAGUCUGCAGAACUCCAUUGAGCAUGCCGCAG